CUGGCGGGGGCGCGAGACGCCUCUCUCUCUCGGGUCAGGCUCUCAGCGCCCGGCUCCCGGCUCCCCGCGCGCGGUGCGGAGCCUUUCCUAAAAAGACGCGCAGCCGAGUCGCGUGGGUGGGAGGACGCGGCAGGCAGUGUCGUCGGAUCCGCCCGCAGUCCGCAGCCCAGCUGAGCCCGGAGGCCGCCCGGAUGGAGCCACCGCUCCCAGUCGGAGCCCAGCCCCUUGCCACUGUCGAGGGUAUGGAGAUGAAGGGUCCUCUCCGGGAGCCCUGCGCCCUGACCCUAGCCCAGAGGAACGGGCAAUAUGAGUUAAUAAUCCAGUUGCACGCGAAGGAACAGCAUGUUCAAGAUAUCAUUCCUAUAAAUAGCCACUUUAGAUGUGUUCAAGAAGCAGAAGAAACUCUUUUGAUUGAUAUAGCUUCAAACAGUGGCUGCAAAAUUCGGGUUCAGGGGGACUGGACCAGAGAGCGCCACUUUGAAAUCCCUGAUGAGGAACACUGUUUGAAGUUCCUAUCAGAGGUCCUUGCUGCUCAGGAAGCACAGUUACAACUUCUUGUUCCAGAGCAAAAGGACUCAUCCAGCUGGUACCAGAAAUUAGAUACUAUGGACAAACCUGUGUUUUCAGGGCUUCUUGGAUUUGAGGAUAAUUUUUCAUCUAUGAAUUUGGACAAGAAGAUAAAUUUACAAAAUCAGCCUAUGGGGAUUCAUCGGGAACCCCCACCCCCACCCCCUUCAGUGAAUAGAAUGCUUCCACGUGACAAAGAAGCUUCUAACAAGGAACAGCCCAAAGUGACCAACACCAUGCGGAAGCUCUUUGUACCAAAUACCCAGUCUGGACAGCGGGAGGGUCUCAUCAAACAUAUCCUGGCAAAGCGGGAGAAAGAAUAUGUCAACAUUCAGGCUUUCAGAUUUUUUGUUGGAACUUGGAACGUGAAUGGCCAGUCUCCAGACAGUGGGUUAGAACCUUGGCUGAACUGUGAUCCGAAUCCUCCUGAUAUCUACUGCAUUGGAUUCCAAGAGCUGGACUUGAGUACAGAAGCCUUUUUCUACUUUGAAUCUGUGAAGGAACAAGAGUGGUCCAUGGCUGUGGAAAGGGGUUUGCAUUCCAAAGCCAAGUACAAGAAAGUUCAAUUAGUUCGUCUUGUUGGGAUGAUGCUCCUGAUAUUUGCCAGAAAGGAUCAUUGGCGAUAUAUCCGUGAUGUUGCUACAGAAACAGUUGGAACUGGAAUCAUGGGGAAAAUGGGAAACAAGGGUGGGGUAGCUGUGAGAUUUGUAUUUCACAACACUACCUUUUGCAUUGUCAACUCCCACUUGGCUGCCCAUGUGGAGGACUUUGAGAGAAGGAAUCAAGAUUAUAAGGACAUCUGUGCACGAAUGAGUUUUGUGGUCCCAAAUCAGGCCCUCCCGCAGCUGAACAUCAUGAAACAUGAUGUUGUCAUCUGGUUGGGAGAUUUGAACUAUAGACUUUGCAUGCCUGAUGCCAAUGAAGUGAAGAGUCUUAUUAGCAAGAAUGACCUUCAGAGACUCUUGAAAUUUGACCAGCUAAAUAUUCAGCGCACACAGAAAAAAGCUUUUGCUGACUUCACUGAAGGGGAAAUCAAGUUUAUCCCCACUUAUAAGUAUGACUCUAAAACUGACCGAUGGGAUUCCAGUGGGAAAUGUCGGGUUCCAGCCUGGUGUGACCGAAUUCUUUGGAGAGGGACAAAUGUUAAUCAGCUUCAUUACCGGAGUCACAUGGAACUGAAAACCAGUGACCACAAGCCUGUUAGCGCCCUCUUCCAUAUUGGGGUGAAGGUUGUGGAUGAACGGAGGUAUCGGAAAGUGUUUGAAGAUAUUGUACGCAUCAUGGACAGAAUGGAAAAUGACUUCCUUCCUUCCUUAGAACUCAGCAGGAGGGAGUUUGUGUUUGAGAAUGUGAAGUUUCGACAACUACAAAAGGAGAAGUUCCAGAUCAGCAACAAUGGACAGGUUCCCUGCCAUUUUUCUUUCAUCCCUAAACUUAAUGACAGCCAAUACUGCAAGCCAUGGCUUCGGGCUGAACCUUUUGAGGGCUACUUGGAGCCAAAUGAAACAGUGGACAUUUCUCUUGAUGUGUAUGUCAGCAAAGACUCUGUAACCAUCCUGAACUCAGGAGAAGAUAAAAUUGAAGAUAUUCUUGUCCUUCACCUGGAUCGCGGCAAAGAUUACUUCUUGACCAUCAGUGGAAAUUACCUCCCAAGUUGUUUUGGUACAUCCUUAGAGGCUUUGUGCCGAAUGAAAAGACCAAUCCGAGAAGUUCCUGUUACCAAACUCAUAGACUUGGAAGAAGACAGCUUCCUAGAAAAGGAGAAAUCCCUUCUGCAGAUGGUUCCCUUGGAUGAAAGUGCCAGUGAGAGACCCCUUCAGGUCCCCAAGGAGAUCUGGCUUUUGGUAGAUCACUUAUUCAGAUAUGCCUGUCACCAGGAGGACCUGUUCCAAACUCCUGGAAUGCAGGAGGAGUUACAGCAGAUCAUAGAUUGUCUGGAUACCAGCAUUCCUGAGAUAAUCCCUGGCAGUAAUCACUCUGUGGCUGAAGCACUGCUCAUUUUCCUGGAAGCCCUGCCAGAGCCUGUCAUCUGUUACGAGCUGUAUCAGCGAUGCCUCGACUCUGCUCAGGAUCCCCGGGUCUGUCGACAGGUGAUUUCCCAGCUUCCAAGAUGCCAUAGAAAUGUCUUUCGUUACUUGAUGUCAUUCCUUCGAGAGCUCUUAAAAUCCUCAGAAUACAACAAUGUCAGCGCCAACAUGAUCGCUACUCUCUUCACAAGUCUUCUCCUAAGGCCUCCACCCAAUCUGAUGGCAAGACAGACUCCAAGUGACCGCCAGCGUGCUAUCCAAUUCCUUCUGGGUUUCCUGCUUGGGAGCGAUGAAGACUAAUAAGCCUUUUUCUCUUAACUACUCUCUGAGAUUCUAGAGGUGGAAGAUCUCCGGCACCAAGUAUUUUAGAAUGAUUUGCAAAGUCAUGCCACAGGAAGGGUCUAUUGCAGAAUUUUGAGGCUGUUGGUAUGAAAAAGUUGUUUCUAAAGCAAAAGGAAGAGAGUUUCCUAAUCCCUCCCUUACCAUAUCCUACACAGCAAAAUACUUUUAGACUUAUAUUGCCAAGCCAAAGUUUCCAUAUUUUGGUGUUUUUGUGUUCUCUCUUUAUAAGGCAAGAGAUCUGUAUUUACACUCCUUUACCUGGGGAUGUGUUUGUUGCCUCUGCCUAGCUGUCAUGAUUGUCCUUAGUACCCUAGGCCUAGAUUCUGAGAUGUUCCCGUUCUAGGCCUAUAAGCACUACUUGCUGUAGCUCAGACUUGUGUGUGGUCCUUCCUCUCAAGCACUUUUGCCCCCUUCCCCGUAUCACCCGUUUGCACUCACUUCACUACUACUAUCACAUUAAAGGAGAUCUAGGUGAGUCUAGUGACUCCUUGGGUGUCCCCAGCAGUGAGUUAACUGUCUACAUAUGGUUGUACAUGCGUUUGUGCAUUUUUACUACAGUGGUGUUUGUAUGUCUCUGUAACAUUGGCCUUUUCAUGGGUCUGUGCCGUAUUCUCUUGUCUCAGACUACAUUUAGUAGCAGAACUUUAGGGACUAUUUGAGAUGACAUCCCACUGAUGUGAUAGAAUCACAGAGUGGAAGUGUUUUGAGUAUUUCAGGAGUGAGAAUAUUCAUGUUUGAUGGGUCCUGCUUCCUACCAUCCCUUUCUCUUAUUCAAAUUUUACCCAAGAGCUAAUCUUGGGUGUCUAUGGGAGCCACCCCUACUUAAAAAUCCAUCUCUGGAGCAACACUUGUACCAGUCAAAAAGCAAGUCUGCACCUCAAGCAGGACUUUCUAGAGAUACUUACUGUUCCUUCCCCCAGCAAGAGUACUGAAGAUGGCCUUGGAACCUCCUCUCCAGUAUCCUAAAGUACGAAGUGCAGACAUCACCCCCUCUCUCAUCAAAGUAGACUGGGAUCAACAUCCAGUUCCCUUUGGCUCCCAGGUACUUUGUCCAAUGCUUGUGAGAGAGACUGUGCAGUGGGCCCAGCCAAGCACCUUUCUCUCCCACCCGAGACAACUCUCUGAGCUUUUCAUUUACUUGAGCUCUGUGGGGCAGCCUUUUAAAAAAAAUUAAUCUAUGUUGGUUGGCAAACCAGCCACCAGCCACUGACUGCAAAAGUGCCUGGUGCAGUUGGCUUCCUCCUGGUUUUCUUUCAUUAAAACCACCCUGGGUCAACUCAUUUUUGCCUGUUACCAUUAAUCCAAGGAGCCUAACGCACAGGCACUGUGUCCAGUGUUGGGCAUCGACUCCUGACUUUUCUAGUGCAUCAAAGGAGGGAGCCAAGAGAAACACUGCAGCUGAAUGGUUCUCCAGUUUCCCUGUCUCUUAUAAGUUGAGUUCUUUGGGGGAAGAAAAGGUACAUAUCCUGUGAUAGACUGAUUAAACCCUUUCCUGACUGGGAGUUUUGGAACUAGGAGUCAAGUUAUUGGUGCCAAGUAGCUGCAGAUCUGAUAGGUUAGGGCACUGGGUGUUGACUUAGUCAAUGGAAGAUGAUGAGCAGAACACUUGUCUCCCUUAGGCCAGAAAGUGAUCACCAGAGAAGCAGAUUAUAGAAGCUGGGGCAAUGUUACCACACAAAGACAGGGCGAUGCCUAUCCUAGGCACAUUUUCUAGUAUGUUGCCAACCUGGGAUCUUUGGGUGAUCAAGGAUAUGGUUAGUGGGGGCUCUGUGCAGCAUCCUAGCUCCUUCUUCACAAGACACAUACACUAUUUUGGUUUACUGCCUCAACCUUUUUUCAGCUCUGGUCCUGAGAUGUACACAGGGUUGAGGGUUUUAGACAAUCUCUAGGUACGGGAGACAAGAAAUAGAGCAGACAUAAGAGAGAUGCCUCCCUACUGUGCCUCCUCCAGCACCCCAACUUCUAAUUUCUAAGUACCUCUAAUGUACUACUCCAUAGCAUUUCUGAAGUAGGGGCUUCAGACUCAGCUGGUAGAGAAGGAUUCUGCAUCUACAGUUUUAGGGAAGAAACAGUUCAAACUCAUGUGAUACUGCAUUAGUCUCCCUUUCACUGUUUUCUGAUUCUUAUUCUGUAGUUGUUUGUUAUAUUUCCCCAAAAUGUCUUGGUCACUAAGCAAAGCUGCUAGUGGGAUCCUGUAUUUUGUGUCAUCUUUUUUAUUAUAAUUUAUUGCAAAUUUUUCUGAAUAAAUAUAUGUUGUGUGAAAAA